AUGCUUCACUUACUAUUUCAUCAUUUGUUAUCGAUCGAAGAAAAUCAUACUCAUACACUUCAUUCAACCAAUUUGUCUCGAGAUAUGCAUAAACAAAAAAUUAAAUCAGCAAUUAAAAUAAAUGAAGCAAGAUAUGUCAGACAAAUUGAUGCUGUCUUGCCUCCAUAUGUAUCUAAUGAUGAAUUAACUCUUCAAUUUACAAACGAUGAAGUAAAAACAAUUCAAAUUAGGGCUUGGCCUUCAUAUAUAACAAUUGCUGUAUUCAGAAAUGCAAAUAUGUUUAUGCUCGAAAAUGGAGAACCUUUGAAGCCUGUUUAUUCAUUAAUAAAUGAAAAUGAACAUGAAUAUGAAAAAUCAAUUUUACUUAGAAUAAAAGGUCGCCAGCCAAAUUUAGUUCUUCAAUAUAAUGGUAUUUCAGAACGUUAUUCAUCUGAUAUGCAUGUAAGUGUAGUUAUCAAUGUUAAAGAUUUUACUUAUGAAUUGCCACAAUUAACAAACUCACAUUUAAUAAUUGCUUAUGCAAAUAAACCAACACAUUAUGUAAAAAGAAUUAGUCAAUCAAGUUAUGGUUACUAUCAAGGAAAUCUAUAUUUUACUGAUAUCCAUGAAAAUUAUGGGACUUGUGUUCAUAUUGAUAUGGAAAAAAGUGUUGAAUAUGAACUAUCAGGAAUAUUUGAUGUUGAUGGUUGUCUUCCUGCAUUUAAAGAUGCUAAAAAAGUUGAAGUCAUUUUUUCAGAUGAACUAAAAACACUUAAAAUUGAUUCAACACCGAUAAAAGUCAUUUGUAUGACAAAAUGCGAACAGAUUGUUGUUAUGUCAAAUGUUGCAGGAAUCAAACGCGAAGAUAAUUACACAGAUGAUUCAUCAAUUCUUUCAUCAACAAAUGGACCACAAAAUAUAUUAGUUUUCUUCAUAAAGAAAUCAUUUUGGUCUUCCAAAUAUAAUUAUUCAGUUAACACAAUGUCUGGUCAACAAUCAGCAUAUUAUUUUGAGUCUUCUAAUACAAAUCAAUAUAUCUAUUCUUACUCACCGUUUUCAGUGAAUGUGAGAUAUUAUAUAGAUUUUGGAGAAAGAAUGAAAAUCUGA